CUUCCUUUUAUAUAUCCUCCUCCCGUUCUAAAAUACUUGUAAGCAGUUUCUCACCUUUCAUAAUCUCUCUUUUUCACUAUCUCUUUUUGGAUGGAAGCUCUCAUUCUCUUGCUUCCUCUUUUUUUAUUUCAAAGCAUCACCCAAUCCAGGGCCGCACGCAUCGACGCUUUCAUCUACGGCGGGUGCUCGCCGACAAAGUUCAACCCCGGGACGGUCUACGAGUCAAACGUAAACUCGGCGCUCACAUCGCUGGUCAACUCGGCCGACUCGGUCAGCUUCAACAAAUUCAAGACUUCUCUCCCCGGGUCGACCCAGCCCGACGUUAUUUACAGUCUUUAUCAGUGCCGCGGUGACCUCUCCGUCUCCGACUGCCGGAGCUGCGUGGCCAGAGCUGUGAGCCAGCUCGGCUCGCUCUGCGUCGACACCUCCGGCGGCGCCUUGCAGCUCGACGGGUGUUUCGUGAAGUACGACAACAUCUCGUUUUUUGGGGCGGCGGAUACGGCGGAGGUCAUCCACAAGUGUGGGCCGUCUAUCUCAUCCAGCUCGGACGAGACGACGAGCCGAUACACCGUGCUGACGGGUCUAUCAACGGCGGGCCAGUACUUCCGGGUAUUCGGGUACGGGAGGGUCCAGGGUAUGGCGCAGUGUACGCAGGACGUGGACUCAUCGGCGUGCCAGAAUUGUUUGUCAGAAGCCAUCGGACGGUUGAAAAGCGAGUGUGGGUUCGCCUCGUGGGGGUACGUGUACUUGGUCAAGUGCUACGCGCGUUAUUCGGAGCAUGGAUUCUCGCAAAAAAGCGGUAAGUCGUUCCUCCGCCUUGCACGGUGGUCGUCGUCCUUUACCGUUAGUGGAUUUCUGCUUGUUUUAGGUUUCUUAUAACAGUGUUUAUGUUACACCGUACAUUAUAAAUGGAUUUCGUAUAAAUAUCUUUUUGGGAUUUCAGUUCAUAUUCAAAUUAAAUCAAAUUGUGUAUUAAGGUAUCCAAUUUGAUUGAACAAAUGUGGAAUAAUCUUUCUAAUCGGAAUAACCUAUAGCUGUCAAGAAAUUUGAAUAUGACCCUUGACAUUAAUAUCGCCCACGCCCACACAUAUACAUUAUAAUAUAUGUUCUCGUAUAUGUUGAACAAAUGGAUUUCGUAUAUUUCUCGUUAAAUACCGAGUAUUCUUGACUGAUAUAUAGGUUUUGAUUCUGUGAUUUUAUCCAUUCAGAAUGUCACAAUGAUACUUGACAAAUUGUACAUCUAUUUAUUUGUCGAAAAGGUAAAAGAAACUUUUAUUUUGUUAAAUACUCAUCAUGUAAAUUUUAUUUUGAAAUGGAAGAAGUACAUUUUAGACUUGUAUAAAACAAACAAUUGCUCUUUUAUAGCAUAAUGAAAUACUAAUUAUAUUAAUUAAAAUAAACAACACUUUUUAUUACUCCGUAUUAUCAAUUACUCCAUAUAUAAUUAUUUCAAAAAAAAAACUGUAUUUAUAAUUUCAAAUUUCUGAAUGAGACGAGAAAGUGUGUUUCCCCAAAUAUUGAGUGCUUAACACGUAAACAUGUAAAAGUGGGUGAGUAUAUACAUGCCAACUUUAUAAAAUACGAAAGUGCGGAUUUUUUUUGGGUGAUUAUAAUUAAUUUUUAUUUUGUUUACGAUUUUUCAAAUCAAUAUUAACUACGUAAUUUCACUUUUCUUAAAAGUUGCAUGUGUAUCACUCUCUUGUCCCAGUUUCAAGGGUACAAAGGUCGUAAUUUGGAAAAUUAUAACUUGAAUUAAAAAUUUAAAUUACUUUUUAAAGUUUCCAUUUCAAAAAUCUAAAACACUUGCCAUGUCGCCAUUUAUUCAUUUUUCCUUAAUUCGAACAAUAACAUUAUAUUACAUGACUUUUGAAUAUUUGUGAGAUUUUAAGGUUUAGUUAUCAAUAUUCAACUAAAAGGUAUUGGUCUUUUUUGUGAGAAAAUUAUAAUAGAGCUAAUUUUGUCAACACACAUUUGUUAGAUUAGACACACAUUUGGUCUAGAAUACUCUCAUUUAUCUCCACAUGCAAUAUACUAUCGUAUGAUAUUGUGAGAAUUUCAUUCAUUAUUUUUGAUCGUAUGGUGACUUAUUUGUGAUCUUAUGGUUACUUAUUUCUUGACUAUUCCAGGGGCGUAGCCGGGAUGUGGUCAACCCUGACCGAGCCCAAAUUUAAAAAACGUUUAUAUUUUUAGUGUAAAAUAGACUGGGAUAAUAAAUAGGUUCUUCUAAAGCACGCCCACCCGUUCUGCCCGCAACAAAUUCUAUGUAAUUUUUUCCUGAAAAUAUUCUUUGUACUGAUCCAAUCCGACCUAGUGCAUGCUCUAGUUCCACCCCUUCAAUAUUCCAUUUGAUUAGGAUAUGGAGAUGUUUGGGCGGAUGAUCCACCAUUUGGGUGGGGGCGUUAGAGAGAGAAAAAACGUGUGUGUGUGUGUAUAUAUAUAUAUAUAUAUUGAAUAUGCUUUUACGGUUUACCUUUUCCGUUGUAUAAAAAGAUCAAUUCUUUUCCGUCCUACACUCCUACCCGAAAAGAAGUUGUAUAAAAAGAAUGGAAUAUGCUUUUAUACUCAACUUUUUACUUUUGUUUAGUAAGAGAAGAAACAAGACAAGAUUAGGGGGCUUGAGCAUUUUGGAGGCCCCAGACGAAAAAUAUUUACUAUGUACAAAUCACUUUUAAAAUCAGAUAAAUUGAAUAAAAAUCGCCUUAUGAAAAAAAACACAUUCAAAGUCCACGAUAUAAUGUUUGUAAUAUUCAAAAGGAUAAAUUUUAAAAUACAAACUUAUUCAAAACACAAGGCAAACUUGUACUUGUAAAAGUACUAAGAGACUUCAAGAACGAGACUCAGAGAGAAGAGCUGAAGAGUCUUAGUUGAUUCACUAACCAAGGACCCGUGUCGACGGCGGACAGUGAGGCAUAUAUACAGUAGCUGAUUAGUGGUCUGUGAUGGACGUUGAUGCGUGUUGAGAUCGGAUUUUGAUAGUUUUUUCCUAACUUUAAGGUGUCAUAAGUCUCAAUUUUAAGCACAAGUCAUAUUUACCGGCCGUUGGUUCGAGUUUUGGUAUUUUUGGAGUCAACAUCAGGGAAUUUGAGCCUGACACCGGUGUUUGAGAAGCAAUAGGGACUAGUUGAGAAGCAUUUUAGAGUUGAUUAGGAGAAUUGGAGAUCAGUGAGGUCUUAAAGACAAAGUUUUGAAGACAAAAGAGCUCUAGAAUUGGCUACGGGAUCAAAAGAAGACGAAUAGAGCUUGAAAACAACGGUCAGGAUGACGUUCUGUAAAUCGUUCAAGCAUAUCUUUGCUUAGGAACAUCCAAAAAACAUGAUUCAAGUUUCAUAUGAAAGCCAAAUUCAAGGGAUACAAAUCAUAUGAAGACACCAUUGUGAGAAUCUGAGAGAAGCAAGGUGAAAACAGACGAUGAAGUCAGACAAUCUCUGUUGAGAUUUCAGAAUGCGACCUUCCACCAUUUUAUUCAUAUAUUUUUAUUGGAUGAUUCAAAUCCAGUUUUGCAAGUUGUGUUGGAUAGAAGACUUCAUUAGCUACAACUUUGAUGAAGGACAGAUAGUCAAAAGUGAAAUAUAAAGCUGAUUUCUGCUUGCAGUUGCCGCUUGGUGUAUUGGCGGUCUGCGAAUAACACCUAAUACUAAUACCGGAGUAGAAUUUUUUGGAGCCCCCCUUGGUAGUUGAGGCCCAAGGCAGUUGCCCGGCCCAAAUGCCCUCAAAGCCGCCCCUGUUGACGACUCAUGAAGGCUUGCUUUCCUCUUAUCGCCGACCUUUAAUUAAUUUAGCUCUUUAUUCUUUUUUCAAAAGCAGCUCCUGCGACCCUAUCGUAAUUGUUUUUCAGACUACUUUCUCAACAAACACAUAUUAGUUGGAUUUGGCGAAGUUAUUAUAAGGAACUAUUAUAGCUAUUUUUAAAUACAGUUUCUUUAUUUAUUAAUAAUAUAUUUUAAAUAUAAUUUUUAGUUAAAAGAGCACAAUCAAUCAAUUUAGUCAGAACUAUAUACUCCGUACAUUUCAACAGAAUCAGUCGAUUCGGUCAAUCACAACGUCACCAAACAGGCCCUAAUUCUAAGAAAGAAUCUAUCUAUUCUCACUCUUUAGUAAGAUUAAUUAAAAAACCAUUUGAUACAUUGAAAAUCAUUACAAUGUACGUAUCAUAUAUCAUAUAUAUAUUCUUGCUUUUAAUGAAGAAUGUUUUUUAUUUGAAUUCAUACAUAUAUACAUACACACAUACAUAUUCAUUUAUGUACCCCCUCCAUUUGUUGCCAUUAAUGUAUUAAAAAUUUAUUCAGUUAUUUUACUAUUGUUAAUAGUUCUUGUGGGAAACGUGACCAUAACCAUAAAAAUAGUUUUGAUGGUUAUUGUUUUUAUUUUGAUUAUGUUUUUACUGUUAGGUUUAUUCAUUAUACAAAUUUUUAAUGUUUAUGAAUUAUUUACAUACAGAUAAGGUGUAAAUAAUUGUAAAUCAUUUAAAUUAGUUUAGGGAUUUAAGUAACUUAAACUAAGACAAUUUGCAUAGUUAUAUACUUAUAUAUAUUAUUAAUACUUUAAAUAAUUAUUUAAAGUAUUUAGUGAUAAAUAUAUUAUUAUGAAAUUGAUUAGUUUUAGAUAAUUUUUCUGAAAACAUCACUAAAAGAAUAUUGAAGAAAACGGUAUCACUAAUGACCAUUCUCACUAUCACAAACAAUAUUUAUUUAGUACUAAUAAAAGAAUGAAAGUAGUUCAUUUUUUUAGUUAUAUAUGUGAAUGAGUUUUAUUUUGGGAAAAUAGUAAUGUCAUUAUUUUGUCCAAUGGUUUAUGUUCCAUUACCAUUUAAAAAAGACAUUUUCAUAAUUCGUGAAGAAAUAAUAGAAAAAAUCUAAAAGUACACACUUUGUGUACACAUUCUUACAUACUCGUGUCUGUGUAGAUGUUUUUUUUGUCUGUCCCAAACAAAAAAAACGUCCGCGCAGACAGGAGUGCGUAAGAAAUCUAAAAAGUACAAAAAAUCUGAAAAGUACACUUCCAAAUAUCUUACUCUAUUCAUGCCCGCAGCCGGAGAAAGCGAGAGAAAACUUGCAAUAAUAAUUGGAAUCAUUGGUGGUGUGGCCGUACUGGUCGUUCUCCUCUCGGUUUUGAGCAAACUUUGUUAUGCGAAAGGUGGGAGAUAAAGAGAAGGGUGAUCACACUUUUUCUUUUGGCAGUGGGCAUCUUUUAGCCUUUUCCAAUUCAGCAUCUCUUUUGUGGUAGGAAGCAGGCUAAUCCGGCCAAAUGUCAAGGGAGAGAGCCAUAAGCACUAGAAAAGAAUUAUACACGAUUAUAAUUCUUUUCGGAAGGAAAACCGCUUAUAUCAGUAUCAUUAGAAUUCGGAACGUUACAAUAAUCUCAAAAACACCAACACUGACAACAAUUAUGCGUAACCAACUAGCACUAUCCACACUAUGGCUAUACUUAGAAAUGAUCGCUC